AUGGAGCCGGAAAACGAAGAGCAGUAUUAUUUGAGCAAAAAACGAUUGAUCAGUAAAGUUAAGACAUUAAAGAACGCUGUCAAAGAAGGCUUGACAGAAUUAAAACUUAAAAAGGAUGAAAUUGAUAGUUUGAGACAAGAAAACGAGAGAAUUAAUGGAGUGUUAACUCAAAAAAAAGACAUUUGCAAAGAGUUGGAAGCUGAGAACGAAGAUUUAAAGGAGAUGGUUAACACAAAAAACAACACAAUCAAGUCCCUUGGAUGGAAGCAGUAUCUUAACAAGGUUUUAUUGAGAAAUCUCACUGAUGACAUCACGAUGUUCAAGAAGCAAAUUGACAUUAUUAAGAGAAACAACUUUAAGAAGCUGCAAGCAUUUGCUACUCUCAACGAGAAACGAAAGAGCGAGUUAGAAGCAGUUAAGAACGAGCUGCAGGCAGUGAAGAAAGAGAAAGAACAAGAUAAGACACAGAUGGCAGAAAAGAUCAAGGAGCUUGAAGCCGAAAAGAACAGGAACGAUGAAAUGAAGAAAAAGAUGGAGGAAAUGAAAAUGGAGAUGGAUGCAAUGAAGAAAGAGCUGGACAAAGAAAAGAUAAAGAACAUGAAAAUGCAAGAUGAAGAAAUUGCAAAGCUUGUGCGAGAAGGACGAAGGGUCUCCGUGGAAGUACAGACCCUGCCUAAGAAGAAGUCUGUCAUCCGGAGACUUGGGAGGAGAGUAAGGCAGGUGUUUCGCAGGGAGUAA